AAGCUGCUGAAAUGAAUUGAAUAUUUUAUUUGGUCUGUCUGCGCAUACUUUGAUUCAUCUCACGGGCAGAGGAAGGGAGGCCCGUACUCCAGUCGCCUUAAGAUCCUCCAAAAUCCAACUUGCCGUUCUUGCCUGUGCCCCUCCACCCUUCACCCAUCAACGGCUUCACGAUACCCGAUAAUAGACUAAUUUCAUCCUCUCCUCAGGCGUUCGCUCGCUCGUGUGUCGUGGUUGUGUGUGUGCUUGCUGGAAUCUGGGGUUGGGUGUCGUUCGUUCUCUCACCUUUUCCUGUUCCUGGAGUUCAUCGAGUUAGGGGUUCAAUCUAGGCUACGGGCUACAAGGCUACAGAUAGAUACCGAUAUCGACGGUCCUCUCUUUUUUUUUCUUACAAGGCACGGUUUCCCCUCACAGUUUGCCCCCUCAAUUCGCGACUGCUGCAUCUCCACCUCCAUAGGGAGCAGUUGGUCCGGCCUUUGCCCCCUCGGUCAUUUUGAUUGAGGCUCAACCGUUUGUGUUGAACCACUCGUUAACUCCUACGUACGCAUCUCCCCUCCUCCAACUAGACAGGCUCAUCUUCGCCAAAUUUCCCAUCUAUCCAUCAUGACCACCACCCCGCCACCGCUCCUCAGCCCCUCGCCCCCUCCCCCACUGCCCGACAGCUUGUGCCCCGACGAUCCCGAGGAGGUGACCACCCCAACCUCGAAUCUACCUCCACCCCCCCUCCCCUCUCCACCUCCAAGGCAGCCGUCCCCUGUUCGUCACCACCACUCUGGCCCAGCUCCAGCAGCUGUCGGUAACUUUGGAUCACCUCCACCGAACCCCCCUCCCCCUCCCCAAUCGCUCGCUUACCAGCAGAAUGGAGCCGGGACUACGCCGACUCAGGCACACUACGGAAGUGGAGGAGCGGUGGACCUGGGCAAACGGAAUAGUGUGGUGAUUAAGGUUGGAAUGGUGGGAGAUGCUCAGAUUGGGAAGACUUCACUUAUGGUGAAGUAUGUGGAAGGGAGCUUUGACGAGGAUUACAUCCAGACUCUUGGAGUGAAUUUCAUGGAGAAAACCAUAUCUAUCCGUAACACGGAGAUCACGUUUUCCAUCUGGGAUUUGGGCGGUCAGCGAGAGUUUGUCAAUAUGCUGCCGUUGGUGUGCAAUGAUGCUGUGGCGAUAUUAUUUAUGUUCGACCUUACCCGGAAGAGUACUUUAAAUAGUAUCAAGGAAUGGUAUCGCCAGGCUAGGGGGUUCAACAAGACUGCAAUCCCGUUCUUGGUGGGUACUAAGUACGACCACUUUGUCAACUUUCCGCGAGAAGACCAGGAGGAGAUCUCCAAGCAGGCAAGGAAGUUUGCUCGCGCAAUGAAGGCUUCUUUAAUUUUCUCCAGUACGAGUCACAGUAUCAAUGUUCAGAAGAUCUUCAAAAUCGUUCUAUCCAAAGCUUUCGAUCUCAAAUGCACUAUACCAGAAAUUGAGCAUGUUGGUGAACCGCUUCUGUUGUACCAAGACGUGUAGCCUUUUUUCCUCCCUUCUCGCCGUUUCAGAAUAAAUCGCAUUUUUUUUUAAAACUCGUGCUUUCAUUUUUGUGCUGGGUGUAUCGGGCUGGGGGGCACGGUCGGCGGAGUGGGACUAUUAUUUUUACCCCUGGCUUUUCUCCGUUUUUCCCCUUCAAACUUCAUUGGUUUCAUCUACGGUGGUAGGUUAGGUUAGGCUAGCGGGUGUCGGCGGGUGGAUGAAGGUGCGGGUUGUCUGAAAUAUUACAUUUUCUAGUAUCGUAGCUAAAUGUUGCCGUUCGUUCUUUUCUUUUUUCCCCCUUUUAUGUUUCUUUUCGCUCCUGAAUUCAUGGUGGUGGGAUACCUUUCUUUUGUAUUGGUUGGCUUUUACUUGAGUAAUGCAUUGGCGUGAGGUGGUGCUAGGGAGGUGGGUGGAGAGUGAGAAGAGGUGAGGAGAUGGAAUAAGGGAGAUGAUUACCUAGUUCACUGAUAGGCAUGGAAUAAAUUGGUUCAUAGCAUGUCACUUCACGACCAAAUCUGGAAAUACUUUCUUCAAG